AUACAUACUUAUACAAUGUCAUUCAAAGUACUAGUACCUGUCAAGAGAGUGAUUGAUUAUGCAGUCAAGAUUAGAGUCAGACCAGAUAAGAUGGGCGUUGAGACUGCUAAUGUAAAGAUGUCGAUCAACCCUUUCGAUGAGAUCGCCGUCGAGGAGGCCAUAAAGAUGAAGGAGGCAGGUCAUGCCAGCGAGGUUAUCGCCGUCUCGCUCGGCCCAAAGGCUGUGCAAGACACUAUCCGUGGCUCGAUUGCCAUGGGCGCCGACAAGGGCAUUCACGUCGACACUGGCGCCGUCACCGAUAUACAUCCACUGGCCGUCGCCAAGGUGCUCAAGCGUCUCGCUGAGACCGAGAAGCCCAACCUCAUCAUCCUCGGCAAGCAAGCAAUCGACGACGACUCGAAUCAAACCGCUCAGAUGUUGGCAGGUCUCUUGAACUGGCCACAAGCCACAUUCGCUUCAAAGGUCGUUGUCGACAAGGCUACAAACUCAGUCAAGGUAACACGUGAGAUUGAUGGUGGACUGGAGACUCUCUCCCUCAAGAUGCCAGCCAUCAUCUCUUGCGAUCUCCGUUUGAAUGAGCCACGUUAUGCUAAGCUUCAAAACAUUAUGAAGUCAAAGAAGGCAGAGCUCAAGGUACACACUCCACAAGAUUUGGGCGUGGACAUUAGCAGCAAGAUUAAGACUGUCUCUGUCGAGGAGCCAGCAAAGCGAACAGGUGGAGCCAAGGUGGACUCUGUCGAGGCCAUCGUCCAAUCACUCAAGAAGCAUGCUCUUAUCUAA